CAGAACUCCCAGCUCAGCACUAGCGUUAGAGACAGGAUCCUGCCAAUGUCCCAGAAGCCUUCUCUGACUGGAUAGGUGGAGGGUCCGGGUUGGGAAGAUUGUAACUACCUGUUCUUGCUCUCUGAGCUCUUGCUGUGGUAGGAUGUGUUUACUCAGAUGUGAGUCUCUGCUAAUUUCAGGAGGCACAAGACGCCAGUCCUGCCGGGACCGAGGUGCCAGGUCCACCCCCUUAGCUAGAUGAAGCUGGGGUGCCGGGCCUGGCUGUGCCUGGGGCUCCAGCUUGUUUGCUCUGUGGGGCCUGAGGGAGCUGUGCCAGCCCUACACACACAGCCUGCUCUGUUCUGAGGCCAGGGAGCGGGAAUGGGUGGGGGGCAGCUCUCCUGGGAGCAGGAGCAGGGAGGCUAGAGUAGGCAGGGGCCCCAGGCCCUGGAUGGCUCACUGGGGCCGCUCCAAAGGCGCAAUGAUUUAUGGCUACUGCCCUUCCUUUCCCCUGUGUGCCUGACAAGCCAUUCUGGACGAGCGGGGCUGACUCAAGAGGAAACAAGGCAGCGUGAUAGUGGCAGCUUGGAGACUUGGACACGGGUUCUUGCAGUGAUCUGGAGACCCCAGCACCACACCUGCCACCAUUCCGUGCUGCAGGGACACCAUGGCUCCAGAGGAAGACGCUGGAGGGGAGGUCAUAGGGGGCAGUUUCUGGGAGGCUGGCAACUACAGACGGACGGUGCAGCGGGUUGAAGAUGGGCACAGGCUGUGUGGAGACCUGGUUAGCUGCUUCCAAGAACGUGCCCGCAUCGAGAAGGCCUACGCCCAGCAGCUGGCUGACUGGGCCCGCAAGUGGAGGGGUGCUGUGGAGAAGGGCCCGCAGUAUGGCACCCUGGAGAAGGCCUGGCACGCCUUCUUCACGGCGGCCGAGCGGCUGAGCGAGCUACACUUGGAGGUGAGGGAGAAGUUGCAUGGCCCAGACAGCGAGCGUGUGCGGACCUGGCAGCGUGGAGCUUUCCACCGGCCGGUUCUGGGUGGCUUUCGGGAGAGUCGGGCUGCAGAGGAUGGUUUCCGUAAGGCCCAGAAGCCCUGGCUUAAGAGGCUGAAGGAGGUUGAGGCUUCCAAGAAGAGCUACCAUACAGCCCGCAAGGACGAGAAGACAGCCCAGACCCGGGAGAGCCACGCGAAGGCAGACAGCUCCAUGUCCCAGGAGCAGCUUCGAAAAUUGCAGGAGCGGGUGGGACGCUGCACCAAGGAGGCAGAGAAGAUGAAAACCCAGUAUGAGCAGACCUUGGCAGAGCUAAACCGCUAUACCCCACGCUACAUGGAGGACAUGGAGCAGGCCUUUGAGAGCUGCCAGGCUGCGGAGCGCCAGCGGCUUCUCUUCUUCAAGGAUGUGUUGCUGACCUUGCAUCAACACCUCGACCUGUCCAGCAGUGACAAGUUCCACGAACUCCACCGAGACCUGCAGCAGGGCAUCGAGGCGGCUAGUGAUGAAGAAGAUUUGCGCUGGUGGCGUAGCACGCAUGGGCCCGGCAUGGCCAUGAACUGGCCACAGUUCGAGGAGUGGUCCUUAGACACACAGAGAGCAAUCAGCCGGAAGGAGAAGGGUGGCCGGAGCCCCGAUGAGGUUACUCUGACAAGCAUUGUACCCACAAAGGAUGGCACCGCACCCCCACCCCAGUCCCCAUCAUCCCCAGGCAGUGGGCAGGACGAGGACUGGUCAGAUGAGGAGAGUCCCCGGAAGGCUGCCACUGGGGUGAGGGUACGCGCGCUUUAUGACUAUGCUGGCCAGGAAGCUGAUGAGCUGAGCUUCCGAGCAGGGGAAGAGCUGCUGAAGAUGAGUGAGGAGGAUGAACAGGGCUGGUGCCAGGGCCAGUUGCAGAGUGGACGCAUUGGUCUGUACCCUGCCAAUUAUGUAGAAUGUGUGGGCGCCUGAGUGCCCGACAGCCCUACCACUGAGUCUCUCUAACCUGGGCCAGAGCGCAACCCUUCCUGGACUGCUGGACCUGUGGGCCCUGAACCACGUGCUGCUGCUGCUGUCCCUGUUCCCAAAGGAGGAAGUCUUAGGGCUCAUGAAGGGAAGGGGUCUGUGUCUAGAAAGAGGCCAACAGUUUAGGGUGAGGGCAGAAUGGGAGGUUGGAGGGACAGAGGGUUCAGAGAUGCUGAGCCUCCCUGGGAGCAUCUGGGUCAUCCCAGGAGCAGGGGAUCCAGCUCCUAAACUGUUUGGGAGUUCCUGGGGUGAGGUUGGGGAGAAUGUAUUGGGGCUAGCAGCACCCUGUUUUGUGACUUGUUGUAGUGUGUAUUAAACUUGAUCAAGAAUAAAAAUCC